AUGAGCAAUCUCGAACGAGCACUCGAAUACGCGAAGAAAAAGGUCGACGACGAGCUUCGCGUGUUCAUUAGCGACAUCGCCAAGCGGCUGAACCUCCCAGGCGCCGCGCCGCCCAGAACGCCUCCCAAGUCGCCCGUCUCUCCCACUAACGCCUACCCGUCAACGUUCACGUCGUUUCUGAUGUCGCCGGAAUCGUCAAGAUGGGAGCAAGGGGCGCUCUAUCUUAAAGACCUAGCUGAGAAAUGCCUUCGAAUGCACGCAGAUGAGUUCGGAUCGGCGUGCGAGGAUAUCGUGCACGAUCUAAACAUGGCGCGGCAGCAGCUUCCCAUGGGAACCCUAAAGCAGCUGCACAUGAAAAUGCUCUUCAUUCUCACGCGCUGCACGCGUCUGCUGCAGUCGCAGAAGGAAGUGGAGGCGGAGAUGCCGUACGGGGGAGUGUAUGGGGGGGCGUAUAGGGGCGCGGAGGUGUUAGCCACGCCGAUGGUUCGUAACCGCCCGCCUGGCUUGCCGUCGACGCUGCGAUCGCAAGCGUCCAUGGCGGCGACUCACUUUUCUUCGUUUACUAAAUCGAAGCCGCUGGAACGUCCCGCGGAGCUCCCCGCGGAGCACCCUGCGGAGCACUCCGCGGAGCAGCCGGCGGAGAAGACGCGGCUGCAGCGACAGCAGCAGCAGCCGCAACAGCCGCCGCAGCGGUCGAUCAUCCGGUGGGACUCGUGCCCCGCGCCGGCGGACUGGCGGGUGCGCGACCCCAAGGCGGAACAGAAGGGGGCCGCGGGGUUGGGGUUGGGCGCGCGGAAGGAUGAGGGGAAGCAGCGGAGCAAGAGCAAGUCGAAUAUGAUGGACGACUGGAGUGCCGCGGUAGCGGAGAUGAGAGGUUCGGGGCUUGGUUCGACAAAGAAGAAGUCCGGUGGAUUGAUUGGCGGAGUGACGAGUUUGGUUCGGAUGGUUAGUGGGAAACUCGAGGAGCUAUUGGCGUCGGUUAAAGAGGAGGAAGCAGCAGAGAUGGAGGAGGCGAGGAAGGAUAAGGUGGAAAAGGGAAAGGAGAAGGAGAAAGGGAAGGAGAAGGAGAAGGGGAAGGAGAAGGAGAAAGGGAAGGAGAAGAUGGAUAAGGGCAAGGAGAAGGCAGAGAAGGGAAGGGACAAGAGUGCGGGCAGGAAGGGCAGCAGCGCGACCAUGUCCGCAUCGCCUAUGCAGAGCAAACGGUUGUCGGAUGAUGGACGGGAGGAAGGGGACGUGUCUCUGGCGAGCACGAGUGGAGAACAGGGAUGGCUGCAGCAGUUGUUCCAGCCGCAGCCACAGCAGCAGCAGCAGCAGUAUUCCCAGCAGCAGGAGGAUCAGGUGCAAUCCGGGGUGCCCCAGCAGCACGUGCAGGAGCUGCAGCAACAGCAGCUGCAGCCACAGGCGCAGGCGCUGAUGGAUGCGCAGAUGCUCGCCUUGGGCGCGGACACGCUCAUGGGGGAGCAGCAAGCGCACGCGGCGGGUCCGCCCGCUCCGCCAGCUGACGCGGAGGUGCACGGGUCCACGAGCGCGCGGGGGCUGCUGUGGGGGCGGGUGGCGGAGAUCCGCAAGGAGGAGGAGAUUCAGCGCGCCUUCCGCAGCCAGUCCGCGCGGGACAAGUCCUCCGCCUCCAGGUCGGGCGACUCUGCCCCGUCGCUGGCGCCCGCAGAAGCGGCGGUAGCACCAGCGGGAACAGCGGUUCGGGAGAUGGGCCCAGCGGCAGACGCAGAGGUAGCGGCGGCGCUAGGUACGGCGUUAGGCGCAGCGGGAGGAGCGGAGCCUGGGAUUGCAGCCGCCCUUUCCACGGGAGCUGGCGCUGGGGCAACAGGGACCGGCGGAGCUUGGGGUGAGACGGGCAACACGAGUAUGGCGGGCGGGAGCAUGGCGGUUGCGCAGGAGGGGAUUAAAGGGAGUGAGGGAGUUGAGGGGAGGAAAGGGGGGCAGGGUGGGGCGCGGCAGGGGCAGGGGGACGUGCGGCGGGAGGGGGAGUCGGAGAAGGCGCACAGACGAGGCGAAGGGCGCAGCAGCAGAGCGUGGGACGUGCGGGUGCCAAGCGGGGAGGACGAGCGGAUGGAGAGCCGGAGGCACGGGGGGGCGAGAGAGCCGCCUUCCCCCUCGGGUAACCUUGCAGAGGAUUUUGAUGAUCUGCAUGAGAAAGCUAUGAUGAGAUCCGUGUCGGGGCGAAGAGUGCAGUAUAAGUACGGGUAUUGGGGCAAGGGGGAGAACGAGGAGGAGGAGGGCAUGGAUGGGAUGGUGCCGAGCGAGGGGGAGCAGGAGUGUGUGGUGAUCUGUCGGAUUUGUGAAGAGGAGGUGAAUGUUACGCAGUUACAGGAGCACUCGCGGCUGUGCGCGCUCGCGAAUCGGUGCGACUCGGCACAGUUUUCGAUUGACGAUCGGCUCAGGCGGCUAGCGGACGGCCUGGAUCACAUCUCGAACGAGCAGGUGUCGCGGCUGGGCGCCAUGUCGUUCCAACGAGUGCCGUCCAACUCGUCGUCUGCUGCUGGUGGGCCGGCGUCGUCAGGGGUACCCGCAGGGCUGGAUUCGCAUUCCCAGCAGGUGGGUUCGAUGGGGGUAGGGGGAGGUGCAGGGGCGAAGCAGGGCGGUGGCAGGUUUUUGUCUCCCUUGGGCAGCAGUAUGGUGUCUCAUGCAGACAUGCGCGAAGGGGACGAAGGCGGCGCAGGAGAAGGAGAAGGAGGAGGAGAAGGGGAGGGGGCGAAUGGGUACAGCGAGGAGCAGCAGAUGCGCGAGCAAGAUGCAGCGGAGCACUGCAGCAGAGAAAACGGGUCGUUGCACCCAGGCGUUCCGAUAAGCCCCACAGAGGAUCACCCAGAGCAUCAAGAUCACCCAGAGCACCCCGAGCAUGCAGAGCAUCAAGGCGCAGGGGGCAGCAGCAGCAGCAACGUGUCCAACUGGUCGUACGUGAGCCACCACCUGCAGCAGCAGCAGCAGCAGCACAAGCUGCAGCAGCAGCAGCAGCUGCAGGCAGCAGGCGAGGAGGGCUCCCAGUACGAGCCUUCCAUGAGCGCAGUGACGAGCAUGAGCGGCGCCACCUCCACCAGCGGGUUCCUAUCCGCGGGGACCGCGUCCCCCAUGCCCACGUCACCUGCAGGGUCGGCGGGCACGAGAGGGGACGGCCAUGGGGGGUAUGGGAGCCCCGGAUCGUCGCUGCUGAAGAGCGCUCUGGCGGGAGGCGGGAGGGAGCUGAUGGAGGAGCACAUCCACAUGGUGGCUCAAGAGGAGAUCGCCCUGAUGGACGACCUGGCGGACAUAGCACAGGAUGUGGCGGACGUGUCACUGGAGGACGAGAAGCCCGAGGAGCUGCUGAUGACGGACAUGAGGGACCUCACGGACCUGCUGCGCACCAACGACGCGCGCUUCCUCACCAUUGAUGUGUUCGGCCGCCGCAUCACCAAGCUGCUGCAGGAGAAGUACUACCGUCUCAGGGACAUCCUGGAUCACCAGAUGGGUGCGGCAGCUGGCAGUGCGCUGCGGGGCUAUGGGGGCACGGAGGGGGGCGAGGCGAUGCAAUACGCGGACGAGGAGGGAGAGGACGUCUUGAACCUCUCUCGCAGCGCCCGCAGCACCCCGCCCAACGCCUCUAUGGGCGGCUGUAGCAGCAUCGGUGGCGGCAUUGGUGGUUUUGCUGGUGGUGCUGGUGGCCCUGGUGGUGGUGGUGGUGGCGGCGGCGGUGGUGGUGUGGCAGCGUCGUCGUCGUCGGCUUCGGCGGCAGGGAGGGAUCGCACGACGAUAGACGACUUUGAGCUGAUCAAGCCCAUCAGCAAGGGCGCGUAUGGGCGUGUCUUCCUGGCCAAGAAGAAGACCACGGGGGACCUCUUUGCCAUCAAGGUGCUGCGCAAGGCGGACAUGGUGCGCAAGAACGCGGUGGAGAGUGUGCAGGCGGAGAGAAACAUCCUCGCCUCCGUGCGCAGCCCCUUCGUGGUGCGGUGCUUCUACUCGUUCACGUGCCGCGAGAAUCUCUAUCUGGUGAUGGAGUAUCUAAACGGGGGCGACCUCUUCUCGCUGCUGCAGAACCUCGGCUGCCUCGAGGAACCCAUGGCCAGGGCCUACAUUGCUGAACUCGUGUUGGCGUUGGAGCAUCUGCAUGCGAGUGGCAUCAUCCACCGGGACCUCAAGCCCGACAACCUCCUCAUUGCAUACGAUGGCCACAUCAAGUUAACGGACUUUGGGCUUUCGCAGAUGGGUCUAUUCAACAGCACCGGUGACUUUGCCAUCGGCCCUCUCACCACCACAGGACCCUCCGAGCCCCCCUCCCCCAACGUCACCGCCGCUGCCGCCGCCGCAGCUGCCUCUGCCUCUGCCUCCGCUGCUGCAGCCGCAGCUGCCCUCUCUGCCGCCUCCCACCCCCCAGGCGCCGUCGGCUUCCCCAAAUCCGGUUCGGUAGAUUCCGGCGCGUCUGUCUCUGCUUCCAUCCCCACGUCGCCUCUCUGGGCGGCGGACCGGGCGGCAGACUUCCCGCCUGCGCCGUCCGGCGCGUCGUCCCGCCCGUCGUCCUCUUCCGGCCGCACGUCUCCGUUUUCGGGGAUUCCGGGCGGCGCGGGGAUGGUGGGCGGCGGAGGGGCGGGGAGUGUGGGAGGAGGGGGAGGUGGGGGGGGAAUGGGGGGAGGAUCGGCAUCGCCAGCGUGGAAGGCUGAGGUGGAGUCGUUACAGGGUGCUGGGCGGAGUGUGUCGGCGGAUGUGGAGAAGAAGAAGGAGCAGACGGUGGGCACGCCGGACUAUCUCGCUCCCGAGAUUCUGCUCGGCACGGGCCAUGGUGGGUGGGGAUGGGUUGUGGUGGGUUGGGAUGGGUUUUGGUGGGUGGGGAUGUGGGUAUGA